UUUCUCAAACUACCCUCACUGUCCCACAAUGAGUCUCCUCCUGCUACUUUUCCCCUUCUCCUUGAUCAUCCUCCUUUACACCUUCUACCACCGCCUCCGGUUCAACCUCCCACCGGGCCCACGGCCAAAACCCAUCGUCGGAAACCUCUACGACGUUAAACCGGUCCGGUUCCGUUGCUACGCCGAAUGGGCUCAGCAGUACGGGCCGAUCAUAUCCGUGUGGUUUGGGUCGAUCCUGAACGUGGUCGUAUCGAACAGCGAGUUGGCGAAAGAGGUGUUGAAGGAGAAGGACCAGCAGUUGGCGGACCGCCACCGGAGUAGGUCGGCUGCCAAGUUUAGUAGAGAUGGACAGGAUUUGAUUUGGGCUGAUUAUGGGCCGCAUUAUGUGAAGGUGCGGAAAGUGUGUACGCUUGAGUUGUUUACGCCCAAGAGGCUUGAGGCUCUCAGGCCUAUUAGGGAAGAUGAAGUCUCGGCUAUGGUGGAGUCUAUCUAUAAUGACUCUGCUCAUCCUGAUAAAGUUGGCAAGAGUUUGGUGAUGAGAGGUUACCUGGGAGCAGUAGCAUUUAACAACAUCACAAGACUCGCUUUCGGGAAACGGUUUAUGAACAAUGAGGGUGUCAUAGACGAGCAAGGAAAAGAGUUCAAGGCGAUAGUAGCCAACGGGUUGAAGCUAGGUGCAUCUUUGGCCAUGGCCGAGCACAUUCCAUGGCUGCGUUGGUUCUUCCCGCUCGAGGAAGAGGCCUUUGCAAAGCACGGUGAACGUCGUGACCGUCUCACCCGCGCCAUUAUGGACGAGCAUACUGCUGCUCGUUUGAAAAGCGGGGGAGCCAAGCAACAUUUUGUCGAUGCAUUGCUCACCCUCCAAAAGCAAUAUGAUCUGAGUGACGACACUGUUAUCGGCCUACUUUGGGACAUGAUCACAGCGGGAAUGGAUACAACCGCGAUCUCUGUUGAGUGGGCGAUGGCGGAGCUUAUCAAGAACCCGAGGGUGCAACAAAAAGCUCAAGAGGAGUUAGAUAGAGUGAUUGGAUCCGAACGUGUGCUCACCGAGCUUGACUUCUCAAACCUCCCAUACCUUCAAUGUGUAGCAAAAGAGGCAUUGAGGUUGCACCCUCCGACCCCACUCAUGCUCCCUCACAAAGCAAACGCAAAUGUCAAAGUUGGUGGCUAUGACAUCCCCAAGGGCUCGAACGUGCAUGUGAACGUUUGGGCCGUGGCUCGAGACCCUGCCACAUGGAAAGAUCCACUAGAGUUUCGUCCUGAACGGUUUCUAGAAGAGGAUGUGGACAUGAAAGGGCACGACUAUCGACUAUUGCCAUUUGGUGCUGGAAGGAGAGUGUGCCCAGGUGCACAAUUAGGUAUCAAUUUGGUGACCUCUAUGUUGGGUCACCUUCUGCACCAUUUCUCCUGGUCUCCGGCUAACGGCUUGAGACCAGAAGAAAUUGACAUGUCAGAGAACCCGGGGUUGGUGACAUACAUGAAGACUCCUGUGCAAGCCAUCCCCACACCAAGGUUACCUCCUAUGUUGUAUAAACGUGUGGCUGUGGAUAUGUAAUCAUCUUUCUUUUGUACUUGAAGAUUCAAUUUAUGCAGGAGUUUGUGUUUUGGUCAGGAGAGAAGAGUGGUGGAAACUUUAGGUUUUGCCAAGGCAUUUCUGUAUUUCUUUCUUUCCUUGAAACACAAGCAAUUAUGGAAGUUUUUUUCUAACAAAUUUGGUGGUUAAAAUGCA